AUGCUAUUUCAUACAGUGGCCCUCGUGGUCCUUCUAGCUCUGGUCCAGCUAGCUGUAUGCGCCGAGGACUAUUACAAGGUCCUGGGUGUCAAUAGAAAGGCUACGGGAAAGGAGUUGAAGCAGGCAUAUCGCCAACUAUCCAAGAAGUUCCACCCAGACAAGAACCCUGGUGAUGACACAGCCCAUGACAAGUUUGUCGAAGUCUCCGAAGCCUACGAUGUGCUAAGCGACGAGGAAAUGCGCAAGGUCUACGACCAAUACGGCCAUGAUGGCGUGCAGCAGCGCCGCCAGGGAGGAGGUGGUGGUGGCGGCCAUGAUCCCUUUGAUCUCUUCAGCCGUUUCUUCGGCGGCCACGGUCAUUUCGGACGAGGAUCCAGCGAACCCCGAGGUCACAACGUCGAAGUCCGUGUUGAGAUCUCCUUGCGCGACUUCUACAACGGCGCCACUACCGAAUUCUCCUGGAACAAGCAACACAUCUGCGAAGCCUGUGAGGGCAGUGGAAGUGAAGAUGGCCAAGUCGACACUUGUCAAACCUGCGGUGGCCACGGUGUUCGUCUCAUGAAGCGCCAGCUCGCCCCCGGCAUGUUCCAGCAGUUCCAGCAACGAUGCGACGCCUGUGGUGGUCGGGGCAAGAACAUCAAACAUAAGUGUAAAGUGUGCCAGGGUCAACGGGUCGAGAAGAAGGCUACAAACGUACAGCUCAACAUCCAGCGUGGAGCCCCUCGCGACUCUCGCCUCGUUUACGAGAACGAAGCCGAUGAGAGUCCUGACUGGGUGCCUGGUGAUUUGUUGGUGACAUUAACUGAGCAGGCUCCUUCAUAUGAUAAGAACCCCGACAAGGUCGAUGGCGCAUUCUUCCGUCGCAAGGGCAAUGACCUGUACUGGACAGAACCCCUUUCCCUCCGUGAGGCCUGGAUGGGCGGUUGGACUCGUAACCUCACUCAUCUCGAUAAUCACGUCGUGCGUUUAAGUCGCCCCCGCGGCCAAGUUAUUCAGCCUGGCCAUGUUGAGACUGUUGCCGGAGAAGGCAUGCCCAUCUGGCACGAAGACGGUGACAGCGUCUACCACAAGACCGAGUUCGGAAACCUAUACGUUCAAUACGCAGUUGUGCUACCCGACCAGAUGGACACCAACAUGGAGAGCGAUUUCUGGAGUCUCUGGGAGAAGUGGCGACUCAAGAACGGCGUCGAUCUGCAAAAAGAUAGCGGAAGGCCCGUGUCAGAGCACGCUCAUGAUGAGCUAUAA